CUCUGCGGCCCCGCCUCGGCUCGCUUCCUCUGCUGCCGGUCGCCAUGGCCUCCGCCGCCAGGGAGAGCGCGGGCUCGGGGCGCGGACGGCCGCCGCGGCACCGGGCGCUGCGCGGGCUGCUCCUGCUGUGCUUGUGGCUGCCCAGCGGCCGCGCGGCUGGGUCGCCCUCCGCGCCGCUGUCCGAGCUGCACGCGCAGCUCUCGGGAGUGGAGCAGCUGCUGGAGGAGUUCCGCCGGCAGCUGCAGCAGGAACGGCCGCAGGAGGAGCUGGAGCUGGAGCUGCGCACGGGCGGCGGCCCGCAGGAAGGCUGUCCGGGCCCGGGCGGCGGCGGCUACAGCGCCAUGCCGGACGCCAUCAUCCGCACCAAGGACUCCAUCGCGGCCGGCGCCAGCUUCCUGAGGGCGCCGGCGGCCGUGCGGGAUUGGCGGCAGUGCGUGGCGGCCUGCUGCCUCGAGCCGCGCUGCUCCGUGGCCGUGGUGGAGCUGCCCCGGCGGCUCCCGGCCCCCGCCGCCGCGCUCGGCUGCUACCUCUUCAACUGCACCGCCCGCGGCCGCAGCGUCUGCAAGUUCGCGCUGCACCGCGGCUACAGCAGCUACAGCCUGAGCCGGGUCCCGGAGGGCGAGCAGGAAGGCCUGGAAGCUGGCGCCCUGGCCACCGGCCGAGCCGAGCUUCGGCUGGAAAAGGACGAGCCUCCACUUAGCAAGGCCGGGCAGGAUGUGGUUUUGCACCUGCCCACAGAUGGGGUGAUUCUGGAUGGCCGUGAGAGCACAGAUGACCAUGCCAUCGUCCAGUAUGAGUGGACACUGCUGCAGGGGGACCCGUCAGUGGACAUGAAGGUGCCUCAGUCAGGAACCCUGAAGCUGUCCCACCUGCAGGAAGGAACGUACACCUUUCAGCUGACUGUGAUGGACACUGCUGGGCAGAGGAGCUCCGACAACGUCUCGGUGACGGUGCUUCCCGUGGCCUUCUCCACAGGAGGAUGCUCAAACGCUUGCUCGCGCUACCACUUCUUUUGUGAUGAUGGCUGUUGCAUUGACAUCACACUGGCUUGCGACGGAGUGGAGCAAUGUCCCGACGGGUCUGAUGAAGCUUUCUGUCAAAACUUAAGCCUUGACCGCAAGAUGGUGACCCACACGGCAACCGCACAGCCUAGAACCACAGGACCCGGCAAAGAGGCAGGUGGGGGCUCCUUGUUGGAAAAGUCCCAGAAAGUCACUGCCCCCAAACAGCCACCUGUGUUAUCAGCCACGGAGAAGAGGAAUCAUUCCACUUUUUGGGGACCAGAGAGUCGCAUUGAUCCUGGGAUGCCAGCCCAACAGGUCAGCCAAAUCCCUCAAGGAUCCAGACUGAAGCAUGGACUUAGGAGAAUGCAUGAUUUCUGUACAGAGGUAGUGGUUCCUCAGGGAAGAAUGGAAAAGAGAAAAAUUAUAUUUUUGAGUCAAAGAGCAGUCAAAGAGAACACCCAGCCCCAGAAGCAGGUGCAGUGCUGCCCCUGGCCCUGGGUUUGGCAAUCACGGCUUUGCUGCUUCUCAUGGUUGCUUGUCGACUACGACUGGUGAAACAGAAACUUAAAAAAGCUCGUCCCAUUACAUCUGAGGAAUCUGACUACCUCAUAAAUGGGAUGUAUCUAUAAUAAGUGUAAUUUAAAUAGCUGAGGUCAAGGACAUGUUGCACUUAUAAUUUAUACAUAUAUUGGGUUAUAUAAUACAUAUAUUGGGUUACAAUAUAUAAUUGUAAACUCUUCUGUUUUUAACUGGGCUAAGAAAACUACUGAAAACCCUAGAGAUUCUGCAAGACCUAAAUCUUUGUUUUUAUUUAUUGAUUUUCCUUGGAAAGUAUGUGAACUAUUUUGAAAUUUAGAGAGAGGAGUCCAUAUGAUUAAAGACCUUUACAUAGCUGAUUCUGAUUUAUAUAAGGUAUCCCUAAAAACAGAAAUUUGUAGUUAGCCAAGGCAGAAAAUUCAGUCUCUCAAGAGGUGGCCUGAGAAGGGCAGUGUUAACUCUUUACUUUCUGCCCUGCUUCCCUUGUUCUGUGGCCUCCUGUUCCUCACGUUCAGCUUCCAGGGCUCUCUUUUCCCUUCUCCCCUUCAAACCUGUUUCUGAGGAUGGAUCUCAAGUGUUUAUACCCUCAAUGAGAUGGUAUCUAUGGCAGGAAUAUCUUAAUUAUAAACCUAAGGAGCAGAUCAAAGAGGCCUCGGGGAAGGUGAAUAUGGGUUCUUCCCAAUGCCUCUGACAUCAUUAACUUUGGGAGAAAAACUCAGACUUUGGAUUACGUAGCUCUGACAUGGUCAUUAAAUGAGAUAGGAAAUCAAGGUGGAAGCAGAGAACCCAGCAGGUCAAAAAUUUUAACAGAAACUUAGCUGAGGGCAAAAUGAGCAAAGAAGGUGAUUAGUUCUUUCUUAUAUCUACUCAACUUGAUGGUCCAGAACACAGUUGUUCAUAUAUAUAGUCACUGGUUUUCAACAUUAGUUAUGUGCUGAAGGAAGGAAAAAUGCAUUCAAAUUGAAAAGCAGAACACUGAAUGGAUUUCUGGGUACGGCUUUUGUAAAAACAUCAUGUGUUUAAGUAUCAGCAGUUCUUAUGUCCAGUGGAGUGAGCCAGUUUUUCCAUUAUUUAUUUAAUGCUCUAAAAUGUUAUAAUGUGCAAACAGCUAAUGCCAGGCUUAUGUAUUCCCAGAGCAUAAAGGAGUUUUGCACAAAUUCAUCUUUACAGAAAACCAGCAUCUAGCUUAUUAGCAUCUUUUACCUUUUAAUCUUCAGGAUUUUAAAGGCAUAUUAUUUCCAUCAUUGCUUAAUGCUGGGAUUAUGCACAUUCUAGAAAUUAUUCUACUGAGAGGAACAUAUGUUGUGAUGUUCCUAUUUACAUAAUAUGGUUUUUUACUGUUAAGUGGCAAAUCUUUUAAAAUUGUUGAAACCCUCUAGAACACUUUAUUUUUAGACUGAACCUGAUAUAGGCUUUUCCUUUGGCAAAGGACUUAAUUUGGGUCACAGAUAUAACUGAAUACAUUAACAAAUGGAUGAGUAGUUCUAGGAAAACAAAUAAAUUGGUUAUUUUUAUUUCCUGAGAAACUCAAGCGUUUUGUUGAAUUUUAGAAUUGAGCAGAUUUAAACUUUUCCUCAAGGAGUUUAGAGAAAUGACUGUGUGAAUGAACUGAAGAUUUUGUACUCUGUAUGUGAUGCUGUGCAGUUUGUUUUUAUAUAGAAGGAUGUCACCUACAGCCAUACCCAAUAAAAUAAAACCUGAUGAGGCAUGCAUCUUUCAGCACAUCUUUUAUACACGAAAAAAUUAAACACAAGUUAGUAUUGGUACGGUGUUGAAAUACUUGACAAAAGAUGUCCCAUAUCUAUAUGUACAAUAUUCCUUUAAUAAAUUGUAUUAUAUUUUAA